AGAAAGUUCUUCAAAUUUCAGGUUCUCAAACCAUUGGAUGUGAAAACCAAAUUUUACAAUGCAGAGAGUGACCUCAGUUCUGUGACUGAUGAAGUAUUUCUGGAAGCCCAGAUUCAGAAUAUUACAACCUCACCCAUGUUUAUGGAGAAAGUUUCAUUGGAGCCAUCAAUAAUGUACAAUGUAAUAGAAUUAAAUUCAAUCAACCAAGUUGGAGAAUGCAUAUCUACAUUUGGGUCAAGAGCAUAUUUGCAACCAAUGGAUACACGUCAGUAUUUAUACUGCCUGAAGCCCAAGAAGGAGUUUGCAGAAAAAGCAGGCAUCAUUAAGGGAGUAACAGUGAUUGGAAAAUUGGAUAUAGUAUGGAAAACAAAUCUAGGUGAAAGGGGAAGGUUACAGACCAGCCAACUUCAAAGAAUGGCUCCAGGUUACGGAGACGUUAGGCUGUCUUUGGAGGCAAUCCCAGAUACUGUAAACCUAGAAGAACCUUUUCAUAUUACCUGUAAAAUAACAAACUGCAGCAGUGAAAGGACUAUGGACCUGGUUUUGGAAAUGUGCAAUACCAGCUCUAUCCACUGGUGUGGCAUUUCAGGAAGACAGCUUGGGAAGCUCCAUCCAAGUUCCUCUCUCUGCCUUGCCCUUACUCUACUGUCUUCAGUACAGGGACUGCAAUCUUUUGAAAAGAAUUACUUAGUUUAG